CAGGAGAAACGGUGAUAUAGCACCAACAGCGACAUAGAUCUACUUCCUCAAAGGAAUUUACAAUGUGAGGCAUCUAGGACUUUCCAUGGCAAAUAAGUCCCCGGCCAAAUAACAUCAGAGAACUGCUAAAAUGAGCGCCCAGCUGGAAAUCUAUGGAUCUGGAAAGUGAAGGAGCACCUCAUUCCAGAGCCACCCCCGACCACCUGAAGCGAACAGAGAUGGGUACCACGAUGGAGUUCUCCUUCAAAGUGGAGGAAUUCCGGUCGGAGUUGACCUCGAGGGUUACCGAGGAAACCGACAUCCGCCCCACGGCGGAAGCGAGAAGCGGCGUCGGCCACGAGGUCUCCCUGAAGGUGGAGGCGAUCCGGGGCAUCCUGAAGAGGAACGACAGCGGCGAGUCCUGCAGUUCGAGUCCCGGAAGCAGCAGCGAGAACAGCGACUACUCGAUCAGCAGCAGCGGCAGCGUCAGGAGCGAGGAGUUUCCGUCGGACGUCGACAGCGACGCCUUCCUAGACUGCGGACACGACGACUUCCCAUUCUGCCACUGCCUGGACGAGAAGGUGGGCUGCGCCCAGGGGUUCUACUGCGAGCACGACGACUUCCCCUUCUGCGACUGCCUCUCCAAGGCCGUCAACAACCAGACCAAGAAGACCAGCCUUCGCUUCCGGCACGGCGAGAGUCGGAGACGCCGAGGGUACGACAUCGGCGCCUCCCUCAGCGCCUUCCGAGACGGCGGUCUCGAGGUCUUCGACGAGACCGAGGAGUCCGACUUCCAGGAAUCCGACUUCCAGGAAUCCGAGACCGAGGCUGAGACUCCCAGGGGGCUCGAGACCGAGGGGGACUCCGACGACACGGAGGGGGCGGGGCCCGAUUCCGAAAUGGAGGGAGCUGUGGGGUAUUCCGACAGAGAGCCUGAAGAAGCCACCAGCUCCAUGGGGCUCCUGGCACCUCCGGGCCAGUCCCGCCGGGCGUCCAUCGUGACGUGCAACAGCAGGAGGGCCUCGUUGCAACCAAACACCGACCCCAUCAGGAUAGCCGUGUUCGGGACGGAUGGCGUCGGCAAGUCAGCCCUGAUCGUAAGACUGCUGACUGGGAGAUUCAUAGGCGAAUACGACCCGACAAUGGAAGCCGUGUACAGCUACCAGAUCCCUCUGCCGGGUCAUGACCUUCCCAUGCAGGUCAUGGAUACGGCAGGUCACGUAGACGUGGUGGACGAGGGACGCGAAACUCAGGUGUCCUGGGGAGAGGGAUUCCUACUAGUCUUCUCUCUGACGUCCCACGAUUCCUUCGCCGCUCUAAGUCGAUUGCGUCGGGUCAUCCUCGAGCUGACACCCGGGGCGCCUCGGCCAAUGGUGGUUGUGGGCAACAAGGCUGACCUCAGCCACGCCCGGCAGGUCAACGACCAAGAAAUCAGGGAACUGACGGACUGCUGGGGAUGCGACUAUUUCGAAGUGGCAGCUCCCGAGCCUUGGGAUGUGGUGGUUAGGCCAUUUACGGCCCUCUAUCAGUCCAUACUGGAGGGGCGAAGUAGUCGAUGACGUCAGCAACUGCUGCCAGAUUGCGGAAUGAUCAACAAUAAAUGAAUGCGUCAAUGCGUGUUCAUUAAUUUUGUUAUUGUUGUUGUCCAGAAUGUGAUUACGCAUAUUUAAGGAAUAUGAAUAUAACGUUAAAUGUGACGUUUUCUCUAUUUUCGAAUUAGUGACUACUUAAAAUCUGUAAUAUGAACGUUUAUGUGAACGUGAACUUCUGAAUCUAAUACGUAGUGCGACUAUCACUCAAACUAGCCGAAACAUUUAACUCUGAAAAUUAUUUUGUCGUAGUAACACUUUGUGAUUGUUUAAAUGUCUUUACUAUUCCAAGCAAUUUUCUUUUGUUUCCUUUGUCACACUUGUAAAAAUUUGUGCGUGGGUAAGGGGCAAACGAAUUCGUGAGCAGCUGAUGGCGAGGAUGGUAAUGUAAAGUAUCUUCAGACAAUAAACCACGCCCACCCACCCCCCCCCCCCCCAACCCCCACCAACCCAUUGUAGUUGGUACGGGCACUGGCCUUUUGAACAGCCUGUAACUGGAGCAGUCUAUGGGACAGAAAAACAGAGAAAAGGACAAAUUAGAUAACAGGCAAGUUUGCAACUCAUUUAAACCUUGCAGUGUGCCAGUACCCAUCAGUAGGAAAGAAAGUGUUAGAGGCUACAGAGUCUCAGUCAAUUGGGAGAGGACUGAGAAGAUCGGGGAGAAGUUACAAGUGUUUAGUGCAAGGAAAAGAAAGGUCACUUGGCCAUCAGCGAGGCAAAAAAACUGCCAUAGACCUUCGGCGUCUGUUGUGAGCGGCAGUGGGUUACAAAGAGGCCCGAAACGCCAGAGGAAUGAGUAGAUAGAUAUCUUGACAUAAGAAAAAUUUUACUUCAUGGCAAAAGCAAUGUCACUGUAUCUUUCUGAUUUAUGAAGCUCAGCAA